AACCCAGUUUAAGUGCGAUAACACAGGUUAAGAUGGACAACGAAAUGAAUGUAGAUUCAGAUUCGUAUAGAUUAUUAUGCUCACCUCUUAUAUACUGUUCAUGUUGUAAUGAUCAUGGUGAUAGAGAAUUAAUAAAUUGUACUAGAUGUAUGCGAUUUUAUCAUUAUGAUUGCCAUAUUCCUUCAGUAGAUCCAGAGCUUGCAAGUCCACUAAUAAAAAGAUGGAGGUGUACACUUUGUCAAGACACUUUAAACAUUAGAUUACAUGCCAAUGUCUUACUUAAUAAAGAUAUUAAAGCUUAUUUUGUUAGUGGUUAUUCUGAACAAAGGAUCAUUGAAUAUAUAUUAAUGGUGUUAUAUUGUCUGAAUGAAGACAGUUAUCACUAUCGUGAAUGUUUGAAUAUUGAUAUGUAUCCACGGUAUUAUGAAAUAGUAAGUGAUCCUAUAUCAUUAAAUGAUAUAAAAUGGCGUUUAGAAUAUACUACACUGUAUAUAUCAUUCAUCGAACUUCUUAAAGAUAUAAACAAAGUGUUUACAGAUGGAAUGUUUUAUUAUAUUGAGGGUGAUCCAUACCAUGAAUCUGCAAGACAACUUCAGAUUACUUUCUUUCGAAUGUUAAGGAUAUGGUUACCAAAAAUUGACUUAACAAUUCUACAAAAUCCAUAAUUUAGGCAUGUAGUUACUAGUUGACAACUAAUAUCAUUUAUACAUAUAUAUUUACAUGUUAUU